UGCUGCUCUGUUUCUGUUUCAUGUUGGUACCUGUUUGGGCAUCAUUUGGGGCUCUGAUGAGUCACAGCCAAUUUUUUUUUUUUUUUUUGAUAUAUUCUGAGACGUGCCCACUGCAAAGGAGGAAGUGGAGAAAGGAGAGAAAGCAGCCUCGUUACUUCCACACACUCUGCCUUCUGCAUCUGGACUUUAAGGAGGUCGGCGACACUUUUUCAUCGUCAAACUUCCCUGACACGUUUCUGCUGCUGCGGCUGAAGUUUGAACCAGAACAUGUGGUGAGGCCUCCUUUUACCAUUACGGCCCACGUUUGUGGAACAGUUUGCCUGAGGACCUGAGGAAAACAGAGAAUGUGGACAUUUUUAAAAGCAAACUCAAGGGAGGAGAUGAUCAGCUUCCUGCUGCUUGUUGUCCUGACAGCCUCUGUCUGUGCAGGACAAUUACAGGUGAAUGUGAGCCAGCCUGUCUAUCAGGCAGAGGAGAACAGUAACAUCACCAUGGAGUGGACCUUCACUCCCAUCAUGCCCCCCGUUGACUACAUCCUUUAUAUCUCAUUAUCGGAAUCUGAAUAUGAGCCCUUGACGACUGUAUAUUAUCUGCUGAGCGGUGCUGAUCAUUCAAAAGCUCGAGAUGAGCGGUUCAGAGGACGAGUUCAGUUGGACAAAGACGAGCUGAUAAAAGGAACCAUCAGACUUCAUCUGUCCAGCCUGACGACCAACGACUCAGGCACCUACUGGUGUGUAGUGUUAAACAAAGAUGGAGGUAGCAUGAACAAAUCUUCACUCAACGUCACUGCUGUGACACCCCGACCAGAGGAGCCAGAGCCCACAAAAAGCCUGUGACUCAUCAGCCUCAUCAAUGGUGGCAACGGCAUCAGUGACCUUUUGCUUCAGGUCGUUGAUGUCCCGUAUCUUUGUUCCAUACACCAUAUCUUUAACA